AAAGUUCUGCAGCACGGGUUCACCUCAGCACUUCCAUCACCAUGAGGGCGACAGUGGCAGCUCUUCUCCUGUGUCUUGUGGUAUCAGCAUGCCACAGUCAAGAGACUCCAACUGGCCCUCCUGGACCAACUGAAGGGCCACAACCAACUGGUCCACCAGGCCCACCAACCGGAGGUCCUGAUCCAACUGGUCAACCAACCGGAGGCCCUGAACCAACUGGACCACCAGGUCCACCAACUGGAGGUCCUGAACCAACUGGAGAGCCCCAACCAACUGGAGAGCCCCAGCCAACUGGAGGGCCUCAACCAACUGGUGGGCCUGAACCAACUGGAGGCCCACAGCCAACUGGCGAACCUCAGCCUACUGGAGGACCUCAACCUACUGGACCACCAGCGCCGCCUAUCCGUAUUUGGCGUGGUGUUUUCUAAUGAUGCAAGAUUAGCGCGCCUGGAAACAUUAAAGGAUUUCAACUCUUUCUAGUUGAAGUUAGUCGAAUUAAUUGAUGGAAGUGUUCUUAUGAUACAUAAAAAUUAAUUCUGAUUAAACUAGCAAUGAAAAAGCUCCA